UAUGGUCAAACAGCUCCAUUCUAGGAUAGCUGAGGGUGCCAUGCACAACUCCGGCGAGCGAUUCGACCCUCCAAGAUGUUAUCCUGGGACCCGAGAAACGAUUCUGAAGCGGCUGUUCGAUUGGUUCCUUGACAAUGACCGAGACGGCUUUAUGAGCUGGCUCUUCGGCCCGGCCGGUGCUGGCAAGUCAGCUGUUAUGCAAGAGAUUGCAGAGCGCCUCUACGAGAGGGGGUUACUCAUUGCGAGUUUCUUCUUCUCGCGGACGUCUGCCCUCCGAAACGAUGAAAAGUGCCUCGUGCCCACGAUUACGUAUCAACUGGCCAUAGCAAUCCCUUCCGCAAGGCCAUACAUCGAGGAAGCAAUCGAGUCUAACCCUGUGGUGCUCUCUAGUUCGCUAGAGACGCAGCUUCAGAAGCUUGUUAUAGAGCCGCUGAAUCGUGUUAUCGUAGCGCAUCAAGGAAAACCUUGUCCCAUGCCGACAGCUAUCCUCAUUGAUGGCCUGGACGAAUGCACCAGUGGCACCGUUCAGCAGCGCAUUCUUACUUGUUUAUCGACUAUCCGGGCCAAAUGCCAAUUUCCGCUCUUAUUCCUUGUGGCCAGUCGCCCAGAACCACACAUUGUGACGACCAUAACAUCAGACCCUUUCCAAUUCGGCCUCACUCGGACAGUGUUGGAGACAAAUUCUCGGGCGGAGGCAGAUAUACGACUGUUCCUUAUAGGCAAAUUCAAAGACAUCAAGCGAACUCACACUUUUCGAGCUUAUAUUCCUCAUAAAUGGCCCUCAACAGACAUUAUCGAGACCCUGGUACGGAAAUCUUCAGGCCAAUUUGUCUUCGCUUCCACUAUAACGCGAUAUAUAUCCCACCCUGAUUUCCAUCCGCACAGACGUCUGGACGUUGUCCUCAAAAUCACCCCUCGAUUACCAUCUCAAGAUUCUCCUUUCUCGGAGCUUGAUGCCCUCUAUUCCCAUCUUUUUUCUUCGUUGCAUUCCGAGACGCAGGAGACGGCGCUGCAAAUCCUCGGUCUCCUAAUAUUUCCAUAUAAAGAUGCCGCAAAGGUAUGGACCACUCAAGAGGUCGAAGAAUUCCUGGACCUCGAACACGACUCCGCCGUUCAGGCACUCAGCAGGCUCGCCUCGGUGGUUAGCGUGAGUCAUCGUAUGAAGAACAUUCGGAUUCUGCACGCUUCGCUGGCAGACUUUUUACUCGACAAGGAUCGCUCUGGCAGAUUUCAUAUCGAUCUACCCACCAUGAGCAACUAUUUUGCGCGGAUGUGCCUGUUCUCGUUUCAGUUUGGUACAGAUACGUUUAAGCACGCUGUCCAUAGCCUCGGGGAAUAUUGCACCAAUGCGAUGGAUACUGAAGACCUUCGACUAGCGUUUGGGAAGUUCGAUUUUGCGGCUAUAUCAGAACGCAGUCCAGAAGUCGAAUAUUUCCUCGACAACGACUUCGUCCUCCAUGUCGUAGACUCAUAUCUGGAAGGAUCACAAAAACUGAAGGAUUGUGGUAUAUUGGCCGCCAAAUGUCGAAGAAUAGUAGAGGACUUCAUCGGCGAUCAAAUUACUCUAUACCGCACAAACGAUCAACUCCUCUUCAGGUUACUGCUUGUAUAUGCUGCUGAUCCAGAUUGCCGAGUAUUUCAGGAGCUGCAAGAAUAUAUUGGAGGUCCCGAUGUCGGCUACGACCGCCUCAAUUUCGUCGAUCAGCUUCUUUCCCCCUUCGAACCUUAUGACUCUCGCUCCGGUGGCCAUCCUUGCCUUUCCUUGUCACUCCGUAGCGGAUCGAAAUUCUGGGGAACCCGCAGAUUCGUCCCAUUUGUGGAGCGCUUCCUCACCAGUGACGACUUUACACAAGCAGCCGCCCAUAUCGCGUUUUACGUCGCAUCCGUCCGAGAAACGUGGUCGAAUGCCACUGAGCCAGAUCACCACCGUUUGGGCGACAAACUUUGUAUGUGGCGCAGGAAACACCAUGGCUGUUCGGGCUCGGCCUGCCCGUGCAAAGCUGCUAGCUCCGCCGCGGAAGACGAAGACGAGCACGCGAGAGUUUGCGACAUCUUGAUCUUGAAGCAUCAAGCGUACGAAUAUGCUCUCCGCAUCCUCCCUUUUCUCCUUCGAAGGGCUACACCCAACGAACAUUUGACGAGUCUCCUAAUAUCUUCAAGGGUUGUUAUCCCUGAGAUAUGGACGUGGAAGAGUGAACAAUCCCGAAUCACGUCCGCAGCGUUCCCGGAAUCUUAUCAGGAAUUUAUUUCGAACAAGGGUCUCUAUGACCCUCUGCAGGAGCACCUGGCAAAGCUGUCAUCUUGCGUCGAGGAAUCCGUUGCAGAUUAUCUUAAGCGUGCUCAGACGAUAAAGGCACAACUCAAGGAUGGCCAGAAACCUCAACCACGGUUUACAACGCACAAACCCGGUGCCAACUCAUUGGUUCUCCACCCCCAGUCGGCGAAACAUCUUCGCUUUUUCACUCUUGCGACAAUGAUAGGUGUCUUGGCCCUCUUUUUGCUGAAGUA